GCUCUCUCUCCCGCCAUGUCCUACCGCGGAGGCGGAGGCCGGGGCGCGCCGGCGGGAGGAGGGCGUGGGGCCACGGGCAGGCCGCCUCCGUGCGCGUCCUCGGCGCCUCGCCCCGCCGCGACGACGCCCGUGGUGGCCGACAACCCCAACGCCACGGGGCCGCACCAGGGCGCCUACCAGCACGGCGUCGUCGUCCGCAACCCCUCGCCGGCACCCUACGCCACCGUCGGCGCGCCUUCCCCGACGCCGGUCACCAUCCGCGCGCCCUCGCCCACGCCGGCCACCAUCCGCGCCCCUGCUCCGACGCCCUCGCCGGCCGCGCCCCCGUUCCAGCCGGCCCGCGUCUCCGCCCCCGCUCCGGCUCCAUCGACCCCCGCUGCCGUCGCCAAGGAGCUGGAGCAGAAGCUCUUCCUCACGGAGACCGCGCUGGCGCCGCCCGCCGCGGCGGCGGUCGCGGCGACGCAGCCCGAGGAGGAGAAGGCCCCCGAGGUGGACCUGGCGCCGGUGUCCAAGAAGGGGCUCGCCCACCCCGCGCGGCCCGGCGCCGGCACCGUGGGCAAGAAGGUGAUGAUCCGCGCCAACCACUUCCUCGUCAACGUCGCCGACAACAACCUCUUCCACUACGAUGUUUCCUACAACCCGGAGUCAAAAUCAAGAGCUGUGAACAGGGAGGUACUCAGUGAGCUAAUCAAGUUGCACGGGAAGACGUCCCUUGGCGGCAAAUUGCCUGCCUAUGAUGGAAGAAAGAGUCUCUACACUGCAGGCUCACUCCCUUUUGAGUCUGAGGAGUUCUCUGUUACACUGGUUGAUCCCGAAAAGAAAGACAAAGAAAAGGCUGAAAGGGAGUACAAGAUCACCAUUAGGAUUGCUGGGAGGACAGACCUGUACCACCUCCAGCAGUUCCUCAAAGGAAGACAGAGGGAUAUGCCUCAAGAAACCAUCCAAGUUCUUGAUGUUGUCCUCAGGGAGUCACCAUCCUGGAACUAUGUCACAGUGUCCAGAUCCUUCUUCUCCACCACCUUUGGUCACAGAGGAGACGUUGGUGAAGGAUUAGAGUGCUGGAGAGGUUACUACCAGAGCUUACGUCCAACCCAGAUGGGGCUGUCACUCAAUAUAGAUAUAUCUGCAACAUCCUUCUUCAAGCCUGUGACAGUGGUCCAGUUUGUGCUAGAGUUCCUCAACUUACGUGAUGCCUCGCGGCCUCUGACAGACAGGGACCGUGUUAAGAUAAAGAAAGCACUCCGUGGGGUGCGUGUCGAAACAAACCACCAGGAAGACCAAAUCAGAAGAUACAAGAUAACAGGGAUUACUCCUGUUCCCAUGAGCCAGCUCAUAUUUCCUGUUGAUGAGAGAGGAACAAGAAUGUCAGUUGUUCAGUACUUCAUGCAAAGAUACAAAUACAAUCUGCAGUAUACUUCUUGGCCCUGCUUGCAGUCUGGAAGUGAUGCUCGGCCUGUGUAUCUGCCUAUGGAGGCGUGCAAGAUUGUUGAAGGGCAAAGGUACUCUAAGAAACUGAAUGACAAGCAGGUCACCAACAUACUUAGAGCUACCUGUCAACGUCCCCAGCAGAGGGAGCAAAGCAUUCGUGAGAUGGUUCUGCACAACAAGUAUGCUGAGGACAAGUUUGCUCAGGAGUUCGGUAUCAACGUCUGCAGUGACCUGGUCUCUGUUCCAGCCCGUGUGCUGCCUCCCCCCAUGUUGAGAUAUCAUGAUUCUGGAAAGGAGAAAACUUGUGCGCCAAGUGUUGGACAGUGGAGCAUGAUUAACAAGAAAAUGAUCAAUGGAGGAAUCAUAGACAACUGGGCCUGUGUGAGUUUUUCACGCAUACCUCCUGAGGAGGUACACAGGUUCUGUUGUGAUCUGAUUCAGAUGUGCAAUAUGACUGGAAUGUCUGUCAAUCCAAGGCCACUUGUAGACAACCGAUCAGCUAACCCCAACCACAUCGAGAAUGCCUUGAGGGAUGUCUACAGGAGGACUACCGAAAUGCUUGGAAAACAGGGACACGAAAAACAGCUACAACUGUUAAUCGUAAUCCUACCUGAAGUCAGUGGUUCUUAUGGGAAAAUCAAGAAGGUUUGCGAGACCGACCUUGGGAUCGUGUCUCAGUGUUGCCUGCCAAGGCAUGCUGCCAGACCGAACAAGCAAUAUCUGGAGAAUGUUGCACUCAAAAUCAAUGUGAAGGUCGGAGGACGCAACACAGUUCUGGAGAGAGCUUUUGUGCGAAAUGGCAUACCGUUUGUGUCCGAAGUCCCAACAAUCAUCUUUGGUGCUGAUGUUACACACCCCCCACCUGGAGAGGACUCUGCAUCAUCUAUUGCUGCGGUGGUGGCAUCAAUGGACUGGCCAGAGAUCACCAAGUACAGAGGUCUUGUCUCUGCUCAACCACACAGGCAGGAGAUAAUCGAAGAUCUCUUCAGUGUCACCAAAGAUCCGAAGAGGGGUAAUGUCAAUGGUGGCAUGAUCAGGGAGUUACUGAUUGCAUUCCGCAGGAAGACAGGCCGGAGGCCUGAGAGGAUACUCUUCUACAGGGAUGGCGUAAGUGAAGGCCAAUUCAGCCAUGUUCUGCUUCAUGAAAUGGACGCAAUCAGGAAGGCCUGCGCCUCAUUGGAGGAGGGGUAUAUGCCCCCAGUCACCUUUGUGGUUGUCCAGAAAAGGGAUCACACCAGGCUGUUCCCUGAUGUUCAUGGGAGGCGUGAUAUGACUGACAAGAGUGGGAACAUACUUCCUGGAAGUGUGUUUGAACUCAUGACCUGCCACCCAACAGACUUUGGCUUUUACCCGUGCAACAAUACCAACAUACAGGGAACAAGUUGUAAUUACCAUGUUCUUUAUGAUGAGAACAAUUUCACGGCUGAUGCGCUUCAAUCCCUGACGAAGAAGCUCUGUAAUACCUAUGCUCGGUGCGUUCCAGGACUCUCCACAGUGGCACCGGCUUUUUAUGCUCAUGUAAAAGCUAGAGUCUGUACUCGCCACUACAUGGAAGGGGACGGCUCAACUGGGGAACUAAAUAUUAAACUUCUUGGUGGUGGUGACAAUCCGGAUACUGGAAGGUCUCGUAAAAGGCCUCGUGAGGAAGAAUCGGGUUCUUCAUCUCAAUCGGCCGAUCACCCAACUUUGGGAGGCAACAGAAUAUCCAACAUAAGUAAUGCCGGUCGCGUCCCUUUUGUGGACUAUGUUAAAGCACAUCGCGGUAGUUUCAUCGUCAAAGUAGGAGUUCAGGACUGUACCUCUACAGUUGUAGGUAGAAAGGAAGAUAGAUAUGAUUUUGCCGACAUCGGUAGGGUACUCGGUAGUAGUUUUCUUAUAGCUUACUUUGACACACACAAAGAGAACUUGACGUGGGGUGGAGAAUUGAUGUUUGAAGAUAUUGAAGUAAGCUAUGGUCGAAUCGUGGUGAAUAGAAAGCCAAGAGUGGCUACGAGUCAAGAUGAUUUUGACAAGGAUAUCCAUGUCCUCGUAUUAAUGUUGACAGGUACAUUCCUUCCAAAGGGGAAGAAUUUACCAUACUUUGAAGGCUUUCUUACAUUUAUCGAGAAGAGCAAAUUUAGAAAUCAUCCAGAACUGCUACCGUACAAGCGGCACCCCUUGGUUUUUAUGUCCCCACUAGAAAGAGCUGCUGCUUUGGAUAAUCUUUUGAAGAUUUAUUUCCGGCUCAAUGGUACUCAGCAGAAGGCUUUCCGGUCAACAUUGGCCAGCAUCGAUUGCCCCAACUGGCCUGCUGCAAAAAGUUACUGCAUUUUUGAACCUCUGGUUACUUAUCAAGUGAACAAGCGUGGCUUCGAUACAUACCUAGAAGAGCACUUUGAUUGUUUACUCAUUUUGCGAAACCAUAAUGAGCACGGCAAAGUGUUGGAAUGGGAAUUGCUUGACUAUGCCUCAGUUGCGUGCUUCGGAGAUUUUGUUCAGGAUUCUUUCUUGGGUCUUAUGCUAAAGGGCUAUGAAGUUCAUAAAGCCCUUGCUUAAAGGCAUUUGGCAGGCAGAAGGUGGAGCCUGAGGUCAAGGAGGAGACUCCGGGUGUGAUGCCAGAAGUACCAGCGGCAACUGAGUCUCAGUGAAGGCGUCCUGAGCUCGUGAUCGUCUUCCAUGAAUCUGAAGCUUCAUUCACUGAGAGUUGUGAGGUCUUAUAAGCAUAGAGUUAUCUUUUGGUUUUGUCCUUGUCUUUGCUUAGUUGGGACAUACAUGGUUUGCCUGAGCGAUUUCAACUUGUAAGACACUAAGACCCGUUCCAGUUAUGGAUCUUAAUCUGGUUGGAACCGCCGUCAUUUGCGGUGCAUUUUGGUGAUAUUCGUUUUGCCAUCACCUAUGCUUCAUUCUGUCGAAUGGAAUGGAAGAUCAUUUGAUCA